AUGUAAGAUUUUGAACCAAGAGCUCGGGUCUCUAUUGGUGGAAAGACUGAUAAGUUUAGAAUGGUCAAGUUGUCUCUGUGGUACACAGAGAAAAAUAAUUCAACAUUGUAUAUCAGAUUCAUCAACAAAACAUUAAAUGAAGAGGUUUAUAAGGUUUCUGAAAUGAAGUAAGAGUAAUAGUUAUAUACAAUCGAACUACUUCUCAAAGAAAACUGCAUCUACAAAUAUUAUUACGAUGCUUUAGAUAAUACAACUAAUUAAAAAGAUACAGAGCUAGAGUGCAGAUAUUUCUAAUUUGCUGAGACUGAAAAGGUGUAAAUUGAUUAAUGGAAUAAAGUUUGGUGUCUCUACAGAAUUCGUCCAAAGACUGAUGAAAUAUUUAAGGCUUAUCAGAUUUAGAUAAAGAAUUGUCAAAAUGGGCAAUAUUUUGAACUUAAAAAAUCAGCAAUUGUAUUUCCAGCAAAGGAUUUUUAUGAAUUAUCAGACAAUAAUAUGACUUAAAAGAUUGUAUAAUUUUCAUUAAAAUCAAAAUCCAAUUUGAAGGAGGAUCUGAGCUCUUACAUUCAAUUUUAGAAUAUUAAUAAAUUUAAGAUGAAUAGUUUGUUUAUUGAAUUUGACCUGCAGUUAUUUCCAAAGUAAAAGUAGGAUGAAAUUAAAGACUUCUUAUAGGUAUUUGAGACAAAUUAAGAAUGGAAUUUUAGUGAAAAAAUAAAAAUAUUAGAGGAAUAAAUUAAAGAAAAGGAUUAAAAAAUAAAAGAGUUCGAACAAAAAUAUGGUGAAUUGAAGAAUAUGUAAAAAAUGAGUGAAUAGCAUUUAUUUGAAUUACAAAUGGAAACUAAAAAAAAAGAUGAACUUCAUAGAAAAGAAAUAAAUAGCCUCAUUUAUAAAUAUGAGUAAGAAAAAGCUUCUCUUUCUAUCCUUCAUUGUUAAGAAACCCAAAAUUUAACUAUGGAAUUUGAUAAAAAAUUUAAACGCCUUUCAGAUUAAGCUAUAGAAUGGAAUGAUUAGUACAAUUCAAUUUAACAGGAUUUCAAUUAAUUUUAGUUGAAUGCUUCCAAAAAAUUAGACGAAUAUAUUGUUAAACUUUAAGAAUUGUAAACAACUGUUUAAAUCUAAGAACUUUAGUUGAUUUAAUGUAAAAAUAAUAAUUAAAAUCUUGUUGAAGAUGAUAGCCAAAUUAAUGAUAAAAUAUUUAUAACAUUACUUGAUGGCGAUUAAAAGGCAUCAAAAGAAGAGAUUAAUUAAAUGAAGAGUUUACAAGAAACGCUGAGUCAGUAUAAGAACAAUCUUCAUGAGUUGAAUAUUAAGAACCAAGAGAUUGAAUCAGAACUUUCAAAGAAAGAUAGAUUACAAUCAGCCUUUAGGGUAAAGAUCAAUGAGUAAAUUAAAAAAUACGAUAAUUGUAUGUCAAACUUGGAAAAUACAAAAAAUUAACUUCAAGAUUAUAUUUAAAAAAAUCAAGUUUUAGAACAAAAUAAUUAAUAAGAGGUUGAACGUUAUUAAAAGCUCAAGAGGGUACUAGAACUAGUGAAAGGGAAAUAUAAGGAUCUUGAGAAAUAUAAAUAAUAAUAUUAAGAGCUAUUGGAGAAAUAUGAAAAACAAACGCAAUAAUUUAUAGAGUUAGAGAAUUAAAAGAGAAUUGAUGAUGCAGAAUUCGAAAAGCGGAUAGAAGAAAAAUCCAAUUAAAUUCAGUCCAUGGCUUGCGAAUAUCAAAAAUAGAUCACGUAAACUUAGUAAGAAAAUUAAUUAUUAUUGGAAAAUUAACAUGCAGAAUAACUUAUAAGAUUAAAGUAGAAACAUGAACUUUUUAUGCGUUGUUCCGAAGGGAUCUUAGAAAAUGUGCUCACAGAAAUUUUAAAACCUUAUUAAGUUCAUCAAGAAACAUUCUAAAAAAAGUUAUCAUCUAGUUUAGAUAGUGAAAUACGUAAUAUCAAAUGUUUAAUGCUUAUAAAUUUUGAAACAGCCAUAAACAUUGCUGCGGAUGGAAUCAAUAUCAUCACAAACAAUUCAUUUAAUAAUUUGAAGGAAGAUUUGAUUAGUAUCCACAACUAAAUCAUUUAGUAGAUUCAGAUAUAUAAAGAGAAUAUAGACUUUUCAACUAUGAAAUGUUUGUUAUCACUUAUGAAUGAGUUUCAACAAAAAAUAAUAGAAAUUAAAAAUUUCGCAUAUUCAGUAGAAAACAUGUUAUAAUAGGAUCAAGAUUAGAUUGAUUUAAUUAAUAAUAAUUGUUAAACUCUGGAAAAAAUAUUAGAUAUUGUGAUUAAAUUGAAUAGCGUUUUAGAAAGAAAAAAUGAUGAAUUAACUAUAUUACAAGAAAACUAAGAGAUAGUUAUUAAAGCUUUUGAAAAUUUCUAAUAAAAGGCAUUAGCUCUCAUCGAUAGCAUGUGA